GAUCAAUCACAGCACAACAAGCUGUCGUAUCAACAAUAUUCUAGUUAUUAAUAGCUUGUUAAAUUCAAACUUGUCACUUAGAUUAUAAUAAUGUCUGCACCAAAGAAAGGAGACCUUACUGACACGGAGAAGGAGCUGCUUCAGGUUAUUGCUGCAGGUAAUGUGCAGGAAGCCUCCAGAUUGCUUGGAUCCAAAGAUGUCAAAGUCAACUGUCUGGAUGAGUACGGCAUGACGCCUCUCAUGCACGCUGCAUAUAAAGGCAAGGCAGACAUGUGCAAACUCUUACUGCAGCACGGAGCAGACGUCAACUGCAAUGAGCAUGAGCACGGAUACACCGCACUCAUGUUUGCAGGACUCUCAGGAAAGACAGAAAUCACCUGGAUGAUGUUGGAUGCUGGUGCCGAGACUGAUGCAGUGAACUCAGUUGGCAGAACAGCAGCUCAAAUGGCUGCUUUUGUAGGACAGCACGAUUGCGUGACAGUCAUCAAUAACUUCUUCUCCCGGGCGAGGUUGGACUACUACACAAAACCUCAGGGGCUGGAAAAGGAACCAAAACUUCCUUCAAAACUUUCUGGACCGCUACACAAAAUUAUCAUGAGUACCAACCUCAAUCCUGUAAAGAUAGUGAUGAUGGUGAAGGAAAACCCUCUGCUCAUGGAUGUGGAAGCGCUUGAGAAGUGUCGCAAGGUUCUGGAGCUGAUCUGUGAGAAGUGCAUCAAACAGCAGGACAUGAAUGAAGUGUUAGCCAUGAAGAUGCACUACCUCAGCUGUGUGCUACAGAAAUGUGGCUCUUUCCUGAAAGAUCGACAGGACAAGCUUGAAAGCCUCAUCAAAAGUCUUUUAAAAGGGCGAGACAGUGAUGGUUUCCCAGUAUUCCAGGAGAAGUUCAUUCGCGAGUGCAUUAGGAAGUUUCCAUACUGUGAUGCCACAUUACUUCAGCAGCUGGUCCGGAGUAUCGCUCCAGUGGAAAUUGGAAGUGACCCAACGGCUAUGUCAGUUCUCACUCAGGCCAUCACGGGCCAGGUGGGUUUCAUGGAUGCAGAUUUCUGCACAACCUGUGGUGAGAAAGGGGCAGAGAAAAGAUGCUCCAUCUGCAAAAUGGUGAUCUACUGUGGUCAGGCCUGUCAGAAGCUGCACUGGUUCAGCCAUAAGAAGGUCUGUAAGAUGCUACAGGAGCAGAGAGAGAAACAUGAAGCAGAAUCAGCGGCACGACUACAGAAACAAGCCAAAGCUGAGGGUGAUCAAGCACUGGAGGAGAUGAGCAGCACUAUGGAGGACCUCUCUGUCAGCCAAAACGAGACCACCAGCUCUACAGAUAAUCAUACCGAAGACGUGAAUUCUGUUACUGCAGACUGAAUCACAAACACACACUCCAUUUCAACCCAGCAGCCAUCAUUAUCAUCAUCUUCAUCACUGAAGACCAACCAAAGCCUAAAGAGAGAAGUCUUCAUGGUUCCCAUCCCGGAUGGUCUUCUGAAGCACAUAAUGUAGGGUAAAAACACACACGAGAGCACAGAAUGAAGGGUCACAAGUGGCUAAAUUAUUUUAAAUGGUCUUUUUACAUUUAUGUUGAGACAAAUCUAUGUAUUUAUGUACGUGUUGUGUUUUGAGAGUCCUACACGUGAUGUAGUUAUUGCUUUAGGAAAUAUAUUGUAAUAUAUUGCUGCAAAAUAUGAUGCCUAUGCCUUAAAAUUCUAAAUUAGUAGUUGUAGCAAGUGUAUUUUGAUAUAGAAAUACUUUGAGAAAGAAAAUAGAUCUAUUUUCCGUUAUAAAGUGUUAGAACAAGCUGGACCUGUCAAAUAUCAGAUGUCACCUAUUACAUAUGUUUUAGAGACCAGGCUUAAAUGCUCACAUUGGUUUUGACGAUGUUUGUUGUGAUUUAAGAUGACAACACUUUUUCCAUUUGAUUUAAACCACUUGGCCUUGUCAAAUGGCCAUCUUGUAAACAGAAGUGACGACAGAGGUCUGGAAGUCAUCUCAGUUUGACAGUUAGCAUGUCAGAUUCAGGCCUGCUUGAAACAUCUAGAUGGUCCCACUGAGAUGUGUUUGUACUGGUCCAGUUCAUAAUGGAGAACUGUGUGAUGGACUUGGCCUUUGAGCAGUUUUGUAGAUCAGAUCGACGGCUAAAGAAAACAUACAAAGUCAACUCUUUGCUGUAGAUUGAACAUUAAAAAUAUGUAUUCCAAAAA